AUGGCAAUUUUCUGGCAUUGCUGUGAAUGCCAGUUUGGGCCACACUCUUCGUCCGUAUAUGAUGCAUGCAUACAGUGUGGGAAAAUACGCUGCGCCCGAUGCGUAGAGGAGAAAGUUAGUGAGACCCCGCAAACAUCGUUGAGGCGAGAAACCACAGGACAACCCCCAAAUUACUCCACUGGUAGGAGGAAGAGAUUGCAGCGACAGACCACUGAGGAAAAAGCACCCAUUAGCACUGUAUCAUCCAGUAGGGAUACUGGUGUGCCGAAGCGACUACUCCGGUGGCUUGAACCAACACCUCAGUCACUACGUCGGCGAGGAUCCUCUACUAGUCCAGAAACACUGCCUAAUAACCCUAAGGACGACAUCCAAAGUGUACCUUUUUCUGCACCUCAGACUUCCACGAGUUACAUAAUCUACUCCUCAUCACUGGGAUCUAUUUUGGUAGAUUGGGUCUACGAGCAGCUUUCUAGCGGUGUUUAUUCUUCCAACGAGGUUCGGGCGCUCGAGGAUGUUCUUAUCGAACUAAAGAAUACUCAACCGGGACUUAUAUCCGUGAAAACCGAGGAUGAAUUGUCGUUCUGGAACAAUUUGAAGGGCAAAGUGGAAAGAAUCAUUGGGUUACUUGACUGGUCACCCUUUCAGCCAUAUAUGGUGCCCCUCACCCAAGACCAAGUUAGGUUGUUCUGGGAAUGUCCAUGCGGUGAUACACGUUGGGCCGCGGUGCCUCGAUCCUUUGGACUCAAGAUCAAGGACGCUUACAGGACCAAUGCUGCACAAGCAACUCAGAAGAACAUGUCAGGAAGUGGCAGUUCACUCCCUGAGAUAGGUACCUCAAGUCAACUCUCUGGCGUGAGGGCCAGAACACAAACUGGAGAACCAGUUUUCGAAUCAGGUCUUCCUCGGUCGACAGUUGAGUGCCAAAGCUCAGAAAGUCCUCAAAAUGCCGGCUCCCAGCUACAUGCUUUCCUCGUUCUCCUAAAUUCAUCGAUUUUCGGCAGUGUGCACUGUCUUGCGCAAUCAUCCGUUCGUAAUAUGAGUGACCUCGACUUUUUUGCUUGGAUUCGGAAUUCAUAUUAUUCUAACCGAGGAUUUCUUGCCAUCUGGUUUGGCCUUUACAGAUAUUCGCAUUGUGAAUUCUUUCAGUUUCGAAGAUUCGACGGGUAUGAGUACGCUCCCUUACUACCCGAUUAUCCCGACGAGGAUCAACCAUCUUAUCACUUCGCGCCAAAGCCCAUGCGCCCUCGUCCACCAAUGGCAUCUCAUGAGUUCGACCAUUGGUUCUAUAAAGAAUCUUGGUCUCGCGCUGCCCGACGACUACUUUCUACAGAGCGGUACCGGAGGAAAAACAAGCGAAUGCGUUUCUUCCUCGAAAGUAGAUGUGUGGUCGAAGAGAAAAUCCCCAAGAGAGAGACUGCGCUUGAAGAAGGGAUCCCUGCGAGCGAGGAUUUCUGGGGUCUGUACGUCGUUGAAAAACGUUCGAUAUUCAGACUGGCGAUCUAUAGUCUCGCUUUCAUGUCUCCUUCGGUCUACUUCUUCUUCGCAUGGUUGUUUCAAUGGGGUCAUGUAGGGGAUUUGCAGAACGCAUCAAUUCCAAUUGCGCUUUCACUAGCACCCCUUGCGACAUUUUGGGGAUUUGUCUUAUCUACUCUUCCAACUAGGUUCGACGGCCCUCAAAAAUUUAGAAGUUAA